AUGAAGAAAAAUUUACCUGACAUCCGCAAAGUUAAUAAAAGCGUAUCUGACAUUACACUUGUUUUGAAAAUCGAUACACAAGUAGAUGAAAUCGUAUUGACCACUAUGAGUUUUGUCAAGCCAAUCCAACAGCAUUUGCUAAAGUUACCGAAA